CCUUUCAAUAUCAAGUGGGUCGCUUUACUUCUUACCUGUUAACGCUCACGGACUGCCGUUGGUGACGCCGAUAGGAAGAAAGCAGGUCAUAACACGCGGCGGAUUCGAAGGACGACCCGGACGGUGCACCCGGUACGCCGGGACACCGGCACGCGCGCGCAGGGCGUGGCGUUGCCCGCCACAACCCAGCUACGAAUUCUUAUCUGAUUUUGCAUACGGUACUACUAGGUCACGACAAAGACUCAGUGGCUCGACUGUCUCGGCUGGCUCGGUUGUCCAUUCGAGUGAGCAACGUUGUGAAGAGCGGUUAUGAAACCGUCGCAACCUGAACUCACGCCUGAACUGCGCUGUGCGCGGAAGCUGUAAGUGCGCUCUCGUGGGCACACCACCGGGAAUGUGAUAUGGUGUAGUUUUUACAAUAAGCUGUGCAAUAGAACCGUGCUGCGGAAGGUUGCAUGGACAUGCUUGCCCGCACGUGCUGACGCCGUGCGCACGGCGGGAAAACAACACAACGCUCAGGGAUCUACUCUGGCUCCUGAAUGACUGAGUUUAGAUGGUGUGGUGCCUGUCACUUAAUGUAACGUCGACGCCGCACAUUCGUUGGAAGGUGCGAGCGUCGGCUCAGGGACGGUAACCCGAGUACCGGGACUGUGUCCCCCUGGCGACGGUUAAAGUAACCCCCCGUACGCGUCGCUAGCUUUUAAGCUCGUCACGAGGUCGCCCUGUGCGAGGACAAAACUAUUCUACUGUUUGCGAUUCAGUUUAGGCGGAGCUUUAUUAGAAGGCCCUUCAUCAACGGACAUAACAUGGCCCCAAGGAUUCGUGCGGCGAUGGGCCUGGCCCUGUUGGUCGCCCUGGCCGCGACUGUGUGCGAUGCCCGUCGCGAGCUGUCGAUGAUGAAGGUUAUGCCGCGGGCCGUCUACACGCAGACCAACGACCCUGCCGGCAACCAGAUUGUGGCUAUCAUGUUCAACGCCUCGAGCGGCAUGCUGGUCGGGAACAUGACCACGCGCACGCCGACAGGCGGCAUGGGCGCCGCCGGCCUGGGGGCUAACGGUCAGCCCGUCACCGCCGAUGGCCUCUUCUCACAGGGCGCCGUUGCUGUCUCCGGUAGCUGGCUCCUUGCCGUGAACGGCGGUUCCAACACCCUCAGCCUCUUCCGCAUCUCCGACUCCGACCCCACCUCCCUCAUGCUGGUCGGCAGCCCGGUCGACACGCUUGGUGAUUUCCCCGUCUCCGUCACCUACUCGGCCAAGUGUAAGACCGCCUGUGUGCUCAACGGCGGCAAGCGGGACGGUGUGUCAUGCUUCGCCGUGUCGGCCACCGGUCUGAAGCCGCUGGACGCCAGCCCACGCCCCGUGGGUCUGGGCCAGAGCGCCAACCCGCCCACCGGCCCUCCCUCCACCGCGUCGAUGAUUGCCUUCAAUCCCAAGGGUGACAUCCUGGCUGUCACCAUCAAGGGCAACCUGAAUGACAACCGCCUGGGCUACAUCGGACUCUACCGUGUCAGCAAGACGGGCAUGGUGUCGCGCACCCAGACCCGCGCCUACUCCAUCUUCACCUCCCAGCCUGUGGGCGCUGGCGCCUCCAUGAUCGGCUUCCUGCCCUUUGGCUUCGCCUGGGUCGACGACAUGACCCUCUCCAUCUCCGACCCCUCCGUGGGCGCCGUCACGCUGUGCAUCAGCAGCCGCGACCCCAUGCUUGCCUCCAUCCCCGUCUACAAGACUGACAUGGCUGGCGGCUACGCCCCCGCCGUCUUCACCCUGCCCGAGGCCGCGCCGUGCUGGGCCGCCUACUCCGAUGCCAGCGGCUGCGCCUACAUUGCGGACGCUGCUACGGGCACGCUGGUGGAGAUUAUGCCCAAGUCCGGCGGCAAGCUGCGGUCCGUCUUCAAUGUGACCAGCGCGUUCGGCAUCACUCUUGGCAGCACCCCCGCCAACACCUAUGGCCUGCUGGACACCGCCGCGGCGGGUGAUCUGCUGUUCUCCGUGUCACCCCGCUCGGGUUCGGUCGUGGUGGUGGACGUUAGCGGCGGCUCCAUGGCGCCGCGCCAGCUGUUGGCAGCCGGCCUGCCCGUCUCCAGCAUGGGUUUGGCCGUGGCGUGCUAGGUGGUUUUGCCUGUCGUGAUUAACAUGUUACCGGAUAGCCUGCAAGGCAGCUACUUAGGUUUUAGAUGCGAGUUGUAGUACGUUAUACUGUAUAGUGGUUUGUACAGGGGCGAUCUUACAGCAGUUGGCACGUGGGCUUGCGCGUGCUUUCGUGCCGGCCGUGAGAAAUGGCAUGCACAGCAGGGGGGGGGUAGGCAACAAAGUGCCAGACCCCAUGCCCCGAAAUCCCCGGGGAUCCCCCUUGACCCACGGACAA